UGACACCCAGACAAUUUGACCCAACACGCCUCUCUCCAUGCAUGAUGGGUUGUAUUAGCUGGGGAGACCAAUGACUCCUGCACCCAAGAGCCGCAGCGAAGAUUACUUGUGCAGCUGCAGCCCCGUUGGUGGGAUACAAAUUGUUAUCACUAUAUAAAUGGUGCUUACAACUGCAACAAUGGCAUGAAAAAAGAAUACCCUUAUGAAAUAAAGACCUUUUCCAAUAGAAAUUUUCUCUGUAUUUUCUUCCUUUUCUAGACUUGCGCUUCAGCUACUAUGGAUUCCAUAUCAGAAGCCCUGGAAAAGGUUCAUCUCGAGAAUCUGCCACAGAAACCGGAUCAAGUCGAGCUGCGAGGAGAGAUUGAGGAAGAGGACAGAGAGAACUUGAAAGAAACAGCCCCAGUGGAGCCAUUUCGCUUCUUCGACCUACCUUCUGAGAUACGUUUACGCAUCUACCACAUCGUUCUCUUUACCCCUCGUCGCAAGCGAGCGCUUCAGUAUACCAAGGGCAGUGUGGGAGCUUCCUCGAAAAAAAACCCACCGCUAUCUCCUGCAUCUCACCGUAUCAAGCUUUUCCUCGUUUCACGGCGGGUUCAUGAUGAAGCCUCCGACUACUUCUAUUCCACUCAGACGUUCCGUCUCUUUCCCCUGCAGGAUUAUUCCCGAAUGCCAACUGUCAGGAUGAUCCCACCUAGAUAUAGGCCCUCCAUCUCGACUAUCGAGUUAAUAUUAGGGUCUAGCUGGACAGCACCGCCCCGCUCUUGGACUGUCAACCGCCGCCUUGGUCUGGAAGAAAUGGUUCGUGCUCGUACAUUCAAGGUUUUCAUUGAAGUCGAUCCAUCACACCCGGUUUUUGAGGGCUUCCGACUUUCUAAGAAUUUCUACACUGAUUUUUCCGGUGGAAUACUUCGCGAUGUUCUCGCUAGAAUGCCCAACUUGGAGCAUGUGGAAUUUGACGGAUGGCCAUCUGUCCGCAAGAACGGGGCGUUGAUGCAGCGUCUGCUCGAAGAAACCAGAAUAGCCAAGAAGAAAAUUGCUUGGGGUCCCGAACGCGGGUGGACGGAUUUCGAUGAGGAAGACAUGGACAAGCCCAUGGUUUACGAGCUGAAGUCAGUGAUUGAGCGUGACCAAAACAAAGACUCUCACCAGAGCGAUUCUUUGUUUGGGCCCUGAAAUCUCUCGCUAUUCUGUCCAUUGAUAUCUUCUAAUGGCCCUAAUGAUAGAGAGUAACAUGUAUACAUCCAUCGGUAUAUAGUUCAAUAUAUGCCCGGUGAUUAUUGCAUUGGGCCCUAAUUUCCAAAAAAGACAGCAAGAUUUAUGACGAUUUUUGUACUCCUAAGCGGAUCGUACAAUUGAGCCCACCAAAUAAUUCCUUGUACAGUGACUGACUGGUAUGGUAUGAGUUGGAACGUCAUUUAUUUAUAGUUGUCUCCGUGCAUGAUGGUUGUCUCUAUGAUGCAGGACUACUACUGUCCUGAUUCCCAGACAGUUAUUAAGAUACACCUCCUAACUGCUGGCGAAUCAUCUAUAGGUCUUCGUCCACAUCCAUACCGGCACCGUUCUGAGCUUCUUUUCCGUUUGAUUGCCGGGCCACUGAGGCCUCCUUAUCAAUCAUCUGCCGCGAGACCGCGACAAUAUUAUCUUCAAUCAGCUGUUGGCUUACAUCUUCGAUGUCUAGAGCAA